AUGGUACCGGACGCCGAGGAUUACACUUUCUUGUGUCCCCCCAGCGAGGAGGAACAGGAACAAGAGCCAAUUUACCGCAAUCACUCCUAUUACGGUCCUGGUUAUACCUUCCACCUACCAGCUGGCGCAGGACGACACUAUCAGCAGCAAUAUGACGACAUGUACUUUUUGCGACUCGCAAAGUUGAAACCUGCCGUCGAACAAGUCGCGACGGAUGCGUGGGAUGGCCUCAUUAUCGCUGGAGAGAAGGUGCGACGUGUCGACCGAGUCCUCGAUGUCCGACAAGGCGAGCUGUGUUGGGUGGCCGGCACCGUAUAUAUGCAUUUGCCAAUGAAGCCGAAUAUUUUGGAUGAUCUCAACCAAGAGAACUUCACUUCUGCGCCCCCUCCCCGCCUCACCUACACCGACCCUUCAGACCCCUCUUUGACCCAAAUUAUGAUGGAAGAUGAGUCUGGCCGCUUACGGCUCACCGGAAAAUUCCUGCAGUCUACACAGCUGGCGACAGGUGCAAUUAUCGCGGCUUUGGGCACUGAAAAUGCGGAUGGAGAUUUCGAGGUUAUUGAUAUCAAGCUUCCGGAUUUGGCUCCGCAGCUUCAACGAUGGGGGGGCAAUGCUCCACUUGCUGGAAAGGAACACGGCAAAAUCGCCUUCGUUAGUGGCCUGGAAAUCACAGGAACAUCAAGCGACACGCUUGCUUUGGAGCUAUUGACGGAUUAUCUUCUGGGCUACACGGGAUUCUCGGGGAACGCCGAAAACAGUCCUUCCUUGGGCUCAUCUAAAAUCUCCCGCUUGAUCAUCGCAGGUAAUUCAAUUGGAGCCAACAUAAUUGAAGAUGUGGCGGUGACAAGCUUCGGCGAUGCUGAGGCAGAGGAAGCCCAGCCAAGAAAGUAUGGCUAUGACUGCUCUGCAUACAAUGCCGCGCCUAUCACAGAACUCGAUAACUUUCUAGCGGAGAUUUUGCCCAGCAUUCCUAUCACACUCAUGCCGGGCGAAAAAGAUCCUGCGAACUUCUCUCUCCCUCAACAGGGGAUCCAUCGUACUAUGUUCCCUCAGGCAAGAGAAUAUUCCGCACCUCCUGUCAGAGGGGAUGAAAAGCCUGAGGUGAGCUGGUUCGACAGUGUCACGAACCCAUGGGACGGCGACGUGGAAGGCUGGCGAGUAUGGGGAUGCAGCGGUCAGAAUGUUGACGAUGUUCUGCGGUAUAUCCCUAUUGAGGGUGAUGAUAGCAGCCCAGAAAAGGAGACAGAUUCGAAUGCUCGGAUGCGAAUCAUGGAAGCUAUGCUUCGUUGGCGCUGCGGUGUUCCCACUGCGCCGGACACAAUUUGGUCAUAUCCAUACCAAUCCGAGGAGCCAUAUGUCAUCGAGUCCUGUCCUCAUAUUUUUUUCGCUGGCAAUCAACCACAGUUCAAGACUACCACGAUUGAAGGUGGCGUCCCUCCCCGCCUAGAUGGCGACACUGAAAUGACGGGUGCCGCUGAUUCCUCUGAUACAGCCCGUGUUCGGCUGUUGGCACUUCCCAAAUUCAGCGAAACUGGGGAGUUAAUUCUGGUUGAUACCGAAACGCUAGAGGUCGAGGUGGUCCGGUUUGGAGUUUUCAACGGUCAGGAAGAACAAAAAUAA